CCCAAACUCCCCGCUUGGCGAGGCGCGUUCAUGAGACGUGCUCGUGAGGAGGAGGAAAGUUUUGCAGAAGAAAAGAAAAAAGUUCCUGAAGACUUCAAUCUUUUUUCUGUAACAUGUUGACGCAGGACAGCAGGCUGCAUUAAAUAAUGGCGGCGUGUCGUAGGGGUGUCGUGGUGAUGGUCUUCCUGCUCUGGGCGGGACUUCACACACACGUGCAUGCCUGCGAGUGCGUGGGUCCAUGGCUGAGGGAAGAGGAGGCGGGGCUUCUGGCGUCUCCAUGCUACCCCCAGCAGUACCCCAACUCUCAGAGUUGCAGGUGGCGUCUACAGGCCCCUCCAGGCUUUGUGGUUCAACUGACCUUUGUGGACUUCCAGCUGGAGGAAGCGCCUGGCUGCGUGUACGACCGCGUGGCCGUGCACGGCGGGGGCGGCCGCGUGGACCUGUGCGGCCUGACCGCGCACGGCCUCACGCUAAAUUCCAGUGGGAACGUCAUGGACGUGGAGUUCACUUCAGACUUCAGCGUGCAGAAGAAGGGCUUCAGGGCCAAUUUCCGCCAUGUCGCCGUGGCACUGAGAAACCUAAAGGUCAGUGUCGCCGGUGGCAACGGCCAAUUUGCCACAGUGUCGUCUUCUGUUGCCAUGCCGACACUGCACCACCUGACUCUCUGCUUUGACCUGGAGCGCAGCGCACACCAGCAGGUGGAGUGGAUAUUCACUUAUAAAGGCGAGGAUGGCAACACGACGUUAGCGCUGGGCGGCAACCAGAGUGGUGUGAAGCUGGUGGUGGGCGGCGUGACCUGCUUGCUGGACUCCAUCAUGACGCCAGCCGACUGGAGCUUGUCCAUGAAGAACUUGUGUCUCCUCUGGUCGUCAUCCAACGGCCGCGUGGGCAUCUUCUUGGAGGGCAACCAUAGGGUCAAGACGUGCUCCGCUUCCACUGGGAUUUCUGUGGCGGGGGGCGGGACCUUCCGCCUGGGAGGGGUGCACAGCUUUGAGGGGAACGUGUACAACAUGCGUUUGUGGGACUACGCCAUGACGGUGCAGCAGCUCAGCGCGCUCACAUGCCACGUGGCGGGAAACAUCAUCGACUGGGACAACACUUUCUGGGACAUUCCGUCCACGCUGACCCAGAAGGACCACUCGCUCAGCUGCAGUGUCUCAUCGCCUAGCAACACCACCCUCAACACUUUGUGUGACUCCAUCCGCCUGGGAUGUCCAGCCACCAGCUCGUCCACUGCCUCCACUAACAGCAUCCAUGCUACUAAUGUCACCGCCUCUGGUGUUGCCGCUGCAAGUUCUGGUCCAGUUGGUCGCCAGAAGAGGCUCGCUCGUGUUUUUGCUGCUGGAACCCAUAAGCCAGGGACUACCCCACCUCUUCAUGAGACACCGCCCAAUCGCGCGCCCGCCCAAGCCACCAAUCCUCAACCACACAGAUCCACCUCCUUCUUACCGCCAGCCCGACAGGCACCACCCCCUCAGAGGCCAAUGCGUUUGGGCUUCAUCUCCACACCCCUCGUCUGGCAGGGGAGGAAGAGGCCUUUGAGGCGGCCCACACCCAUCACCAAGCCCACCUUAACAAACUCCUCCCACUCAGCGGACGGCUCGUCUCCAAGGCAACCCAGCGACGAUCUCUUCCGCUCAAGAGGGUCGCCUAGCAACAUAAAGACCAAAAAUGUGGCACUGCUUGGCACAGAAGCUUCUGGAAGUGGAGAACCUACUCUGAUGGGCAGAGCCCCCACAGCGUAUGUCAGAAGGCACUUAAGCUCCCCCCCCAGUACGUUGUCCAGAAGCUUCUUGUCUCCGCCCAAUUUCUCCACCUCUUCAGUUGAUGACGGGGUGUGGCCAUCCCACCCUUCAACACAAAACCAUCUUGUGACGAAGCUUAAGGCGGGGCUUGUCCUGGGUCAUGUGACCUCUUCUUCUGCUGACUUUUCUGCCAUGCCCGUUGUCAUGGCAACAGAGGGGCUGAGGGGGGACAGCACCGCUUCUCUUGUCCCUCCCGUAGCAACCUUCACGCUUCCUUUUCUUUCCAUCCUUCCUCGUUCCUUCGCGUCCUCGUCCACCCCUACCCUGCGGCCUGCCGUCACUCAACCCCCCCUACGACACCCAAAAGCGUCAACACAUGCAGAGGUCCAAAACGCAGAUAAACACACUCUCCCACUCUUGUCUGAGCUGGCCCUGCCUACUACGAGCAAACGCACAAUGAUUGGCAGCCCAGGAGCGCUCGCUGGUUCUGCUGGGGGGGCGGACCCCUCCCCCACCUGGUCAAUGCCCGUUGACACUGCCCGUCCCCUAAGCGCCAACAUGUCUGCUGUCCACGGGCCGGUGGGGGCGAGUCCGUGCAAUCACGGCUGCGAUUCGACGAUGGAGAAGGUCGUCUUCUACAGGCUGUCUUUAGUGGUGCGUGAUGAGAGCUCCACGCUCACUCUGGCUGACGUAGAAGAAGUCGUGUCCUCCUGGCUGAACCAGACCUUCCAGAACUGGACUCACUUGGUGUUCGUAGACUCCGUCAGUGUGCAGUCGUUGCUUGUGCCUGGAGGUCACUCAAGCUUCACCUGCCGCGCUCUGCUGCUUCACAAUGACAUCACUGAUCAGAGCCCCGGCCCAGACGUCCUGUCUGCCAGAAUUUCCAGCAGGCACGCUCUCAUCGGCGCCGGCCUGGUGGUCCACAACGCCUCCAUUCAGGUCACGGCUGUUGACACAUGUCCAGAGGACAACACUGUCCACUACCGCUGGCCUGAGACUCGACCCAGCAUCACUCGCUUGCUGCCGUGCUUCCCCAACAAAGAGCGUAGCGCCGCCAGGAAGUGUUUGAUGGACCGCCACAACUUCUCAUCUUUCUGGUCGCCCACUGACUUUCACAACUGCACCGACAUCGACGCAAUCCAGGUUUCAGCAGAGAAUGCGGCCGAGGUCGCUGCGCAACUGGCCGCCAUUGCAAACAACCAGCUAUCCAAAGAGGAAGUUUCCAAAGUAGUCAGCAAGGUCAAGCAGCUGGUCCAUGUGGCCAAGAUCAACACCACCUUGGCGUCUGCCGUCAUAACCGUCAUCUCCAACGUCAUGAGCAGCCCCCACAGCGCCCUGGCUCCCACCUCCGACAGGGCCCUGAAGGCGGUGGAUCAGCUUCUUGACAAAUUGGAGUUUGAGGGUUCGUCAGUGAGCAUCACAUCCAGACGUCUGUCUUUGGGCGUACUGGCCUUCAACGCAUCCACCUUCAAUGGGACAUCGUUCAGCGCCUUCAUCCCGCCAAACGCCACCGACCCAGAGAUUGACUUUGAAUCGGAGCGGACUGAUCCACUAGCUCAAGUCACGCUGCCGCCGUCGCUGCUGACCGGCGCGUCCUUCGGCGAGGCCCGCAUUAACUUUUUGUUCUUUCGCAGCACCAACCUCUUCCAGAGCGAACAGGACGGACGCGCACUCAACAGUUACGUGGUGGCCAGCAGCGUGGGAAACUGGAGCGUCAGCGACUUGAGCGACCCCGUCCAGAUCGAGAUGGUUCACCUGUCUCCACAAGCCUUCCUCAAUCCUGUCUGCGUGUUCUGGGACUUCAGCAUGAACGGUGGCGCCGGAGGCUGGAAUGCGGACGGCUGCACAGUGUCCAAAGAAGCUUCCGGCGCCAACAGAACAGUUUGUUUGUGCGACCACCUGACGCACUUUGGAAUCCUGAUGGACAUUUCGGGUGUGUCGCCUCACAUCGACCGGCGCAACAACCGCAUCCUCACCUUCAUCUCCUUCGUCGGCUGCGGCGUAUCUGCCAUCUUCUCGGCUGCCACGCUGCUCACCUAUAUCGCCUUCGAGAAGCUGCGGCGAGACUACCCGUCCAAGAUCCUGAUGAACCUGAGCGCGUCUCUUCUCCUGCUCAACAUGGCGUUCCUGCUCAACGGAUGGUUGUCGGGGCAACGGAGCGAGGGGCUGUGCUUGGCCGCCGCCGUACUGCUGCACUACUUCCUGCUUACGUCGUUCACCUGGAUGGGCCUGGAGUCAGUGCACAUGUACAUCGCCCUGGUCAAGGUGUUCAACACGUACGUGCGCAGAUACAUCCUCAAGUUCUGCCUGCUGGGCUGGGGCAUUCCCGCUGUGCUGGUCGGGACGGUGGUGGCUGUAAAUAAGCGCUCAUACGGCCCACAGGAGUACGGCGGUGGCGAGUUCGGCGAUGGAUCAUCAGAAUUCUGCUGGAUCCAAAGUCCACUGGUGUUCUACACGGCAUGCGUGGCCUACUUCUGCCUCGUCUUCCUGCUCAACGUCGCCAUGUUUGUUGUGGUCAUGCUGCAGAUCUGCGGACGCAAUGGCAAACGCAGCAACCGCACGCUAAGAGAGGAGGUUGUGCGGAACCUGCGCAGCGUGGUCAGCCUGACUUUCCUGCUCGGGAUGACCUGGUCCUUUGCGCUCUUUGCCUGGGGGCCCGUCAGCCUCAUCUUCGUCUACCUCUUCGCUAUCUUCAACUCGCUGCAAGGACUCUUCAUCUUCUUAUUCCACUGUGCGCUCAAGGAGAACGUGCAGAAGCAAUGGAGACGCUCGCUGUGCUGCGCUCGUUUCCGACUCUCUGACAACUCGGACUGGAGUAAGACGGCGACCAACAACACCAAGAAGGUCACGUCUGAGCAGGCGGUGCAGUCGUUGUCUUCGGGCUCCUUUGGCUCCAGCGCCGCCAACUGGACCUCAAAGGCUAAAGUCACACUGAAGCCUUUCACCAGAAACAACAACACAGAAAGUUGUUGGAGCCAAUAGGAGGACAGAAGGACUAGGCCAGGUAAGCCUGAAAGGCUUCAUGUAGGAAAGGAGCUGGAAAUGAUGACGUGUGAAGCGAGCCUCGCUGCUGUACCACGCGACCACUUCGGGACAUGGUUGAGAUUUAGCAAGGAGGUUCGACAAUACAUUAACCACCGAAGCUCCAUUGAAAUACUGGGCUUUAGAGAGUUGGGGUCUGUUAGGAAUCUGGAUAGAGAAAUAAAAAUAGAGCCGGUGAAUAACAAACAGCGCAUGAUAUUAAAUUUGACGGCAAACUUAAUCCAAGCCGUUAACCGCUCCGUGAGCAGUAUUAAUAAUACAAAAUUUAAACAAAACAAUAUAUAUAUUGUAUAGUUGUCAGAGCAUUAUUAAGGUAGCGUAAUGGUCUAUGCAUCUACUGUUCAUGCCACAUGACAUGGGUUCAAUUCUCAGCAGCGUCAGUUCGCCAACAUUUUAUAAACAUUACAUUUAAUAAGAGAACACGUUCUGUCUGGUAUUUAUUCUCUUUUAAACAGUCACUCAGUACAAAAGCUGGAUGAUGGAGAGGCUGUGUCAAGAAAAAAAGGGUCUCCUAAAAAUAAAAAAUGAACUACAUCUCCCCUGUUCUGUACAUCUUUGUUCAAGUUACAUUCUAGUGGCAUCUUCUUCUUUAAGCCCAUAAGCCAUUUUCUCAAAGUGAAAGAAAAACAUUACACAACCUGCCCUAUGCUACCAUGUUGGCAAAGUACAAAGCUCAGUGCUGUAGGAUGCAUUAAUAUUUAAUGUCAGCAAUUGUCUUACAAGACAAUUCACUCUGGUGGUGGUAAGCUACUAUAGUCGCCACAGGUGCCCCUGGGGUACAUUGACGGCUUUAUGGGUGCCAUCCUCUGUGCCACCCCUGAAAAAAAAAAAGAAUGGACAGGCAGCUGAGCUCGUUAGUCUUCUCAGCCGUUGCUUGUUGUCAGAUGUGAUGAACACCGCCCCAACCCCCAAGCGAGUCGUAACGUCUUCUAUGACUUCCAGAUGUUUGAAGACAUGAGGAGCACACCACCAUCAGAACGUGAAAAACAUUCCUGCAAAGUUCGGACAUGCGCCGAGUAGCUUGAAAUGCCCUGCCAUCAAGUAGGAAAUAUGUGACCGCUCACUGUGGAGAUAUGUCAUAUGUAACAUGUUGAAGCUCCGCCUCUUCUGUAAGGUGGCUUGCAUCACGUCAUGUGACCUUUCUACGUUCUGUCGGCAGAUAACAACCCCUGGACCAGCCCCUCUUCCUCAGAGGCGGAGCCAAAUAUCCUUCCUGAUGAUGAUUGACCAGGUCAAAGUUUACAACUUUAGUAGACCAGCGCCUGCUCCUAAACCUCUUUAGGGAAGACAUGGAUGCUUCUGGAACAUUCCCCAAAACAAUGUGGACAUCAUGACAUCAAAGAGGACAGAAGGAAGAAACUCUGAUGUCCACAGCCUGAUGUCCAUAGCUCGUGGGCUUUUGACCUCUGACGUCCUGUAAAGCGUGCCCAGUGCACAUGACAUUUGACACAUCGACGAGUGCAGAAUGACAGCUGUCGUUUCCAAGACAACCAUAGAGCGUGGCCAGGACCAUGCGAGCGUUAGCAUUAACACUCUGUUGGCUGACCUUUGACCCCCUUCAAGCUUGUGAAGAUCAAAACUUUUUUCUUACAUUCAAUAAAUUCAUAUUUUUAUUUUUA